CGAUACAAUGUGUUAAUAUUCGUUUUUAAUUCCAACUUCUAAUUUAAUGAUGAUUUUUUAUUUCAACUUUUGAUGCUGAAUCAUAAGGACCAUUGCAGACAUCACCGAGACACCGAUAGUGAGUUUAAAAAAACAAAGACGUUACGAGAACGGAAUUAUAGCCCUUCGCUAUUCUAUGAAGAUUAAGGCUAUAUAACUUUUUGGGACUUUAACUAAUCAUGGACAAUCUAAGCGUCUAUGGCCAUCUCGACGGUAACUUGCAGAAAAUUACAAAGGUUACGUGUCUUCGAGAAAAAAAUGUAAUUGUGGUGAUUCAUGAUGAGCAAGAAGUUAAUCGUAUUUUUAUGCAUGGGGUAUGCCUACCAAUGCCAUUAUUACUUUACUCCCUCUGUACUGUAAGGGAUCAACGAAUUGAUAAAAGGGAUGUGCCAUACAAUACAUACCUUUCGAGAAAAUAUAAUUCUCAUAUCAAUGUGGAAGUUUGGCCUGGAAUAAAAUCUGUUAAGUAUAUCCACAAGUACAUCUACAAAGGUCAUGAUCGUACCAUGAUGGUGUUGAGAGACAAAUAAACAAGAUCUAGAAUUAAGGUAACUAUUAUUAGUCAUCAUUUUACUUUUACAAGAAGGGAUUCUUGCUCAUUAAUUAUUUUUUUAAGCUGUUAUUCAUGUUCCUAAUUGUGCUUUUUGGAUGAGGUAGAUAUGCGUUGGUACAAAAACUCUUGGGAGGCAGAUGGAGAGACAAAUUUCAAGACAAUAAGACCUAUAUAUGUUGAACAUCUUUUUUUCCCCCUACGUAGUGUAUCAGAUUUGACUCUAUAUAGAUUUUUAGAUUUUUUAUGCAUGUUAAAAUUGGAUUCUAUGAAUGCAACAUGGUAUUGGUUUUGAGUUUUGUGGUUUGGAUUUAUAUAGUUCAGUGUGUCUCCUAUCAAUGCAAUUAACUCGGUAUAUGUGAUUGGGAUUAUCAUUAGUAGUGAUGUACACACGGGUAGGGGCUUAACAAAUAAAAUUUUUUGUUGAAGGAGUGCUACAGGCAUAGGUAAUUAGCAUAUCAAAAUUUU